GCUGCUGACCCACCUGGACCCAACCCGGCCACAGCUAGUUGUAGACCGCGCCAUGCGGGGCCCAAGUGUGGCUCUGUGGCUCUUCCUGGCUCUGCGCACUGUGCGCAGCGGGAUGGAGGUGCGGUGGUGUACCACCUCGGACCCGGAGCAGCAGAAAUGCAACGACAUGCGCAAGGUCUUCCAGGAAGCCAGGAUUCAGCCCUCCCUCCUGUGCGUCCAGGGCACCUCAGCCGACCACUGCGUCCAGCUCAUCACCGCCCUGGAGGCUGACGCCGUCACUCUGGACGGAGGAGCCAUUUAUGAGGCGGGGAAGGAGCACGGCCUGAAGCCCGUGGUGGGUGAAGUGUACGAUCAAGAGGUUGGUACCUCCUAUUAUGCUGUAGCUGUAGUCAAGAGGAGCUCCAACGUGACCAUCAAUACCCUGAAAGGCGUGAAGUCCUGCCACACGGGCAUCAACAGGACAGUGGGCUGGAAUGUGCCUGUGGGCUACCUAGUGGACAGCGGCCGCCUCUCGGUGAUGGGCUGCGACGUGCUCAAAGCUGUCAGCGACUAUUUUGGGGGCAGCUGCGUCCCUGGGGCAGGAGAGACCAGUUACUCCGAGUCCCUCUGUCGCCUCUGCCGGGGCGACUCUGCUGGGGAGGGUGUGUGUGACAAGAGCCCCCUGGAGAGAUACUACGACUACAGCGGGGCCUUCCGGUGCCUGGCAGAAGGAGCAGGGGACGUGGCCUUUGUGAAGCACAGCACGGUGCUGGAGAACACUGACGGAAAAACACUGCCCUCCUGGGGACAGACACUGCUGUCACAGGACUUCAAACUGCUGUGCCGGGAUGGCAGCCGGGCUGACGUCACGGAAUGGAGGCAAUGCCACCUGGCCCGGGUGCCUGCUCACGCUGUGGUGGUCCGAGCUGACACAGAUGGGGGCCUCAUCUUUCGGCUGCUCAAUGAAGGCCAGCGUCUGUUCAGCCACGAGAACAGUAGCUUCCAGAUGUUCAGCUCUGAGGCCUAUGGCCAGAAGAACCUGCUAUUCAAAGAUGCCACGUCCGAGCUGGUGCCCAUUGCUACACAGACCUAUGAGGCGUGGCUGGGCCCUGAGUACAUGCAUGCCAUGAAGGGUCUCCUCUGUGACCCCAACCGGCUGCCCCACUACCUGCACUGGUGUGUGCUGUCCACUCCCGAGAUCCAGAAGUGUGGGGACAUGGCUGUGGCCUUCAGCCGGCAGAGACUCAAGCCAGAGAUCCAGUGUGUGCCAGCCGAGUCCCCCCAGCACUGCAUGGAACAGAUCCAGGCUGGGCAAAUUGACGCCGUGACUCUGCGGGGCGAGGACAUUUACAUGGCAGGGAAGACAUAUGGCCUGAUUCCGGCGGCCGGGGAGCACUAUGCUGCGGAGGACAGGAGCAACUCGUACUUUGUGGUGGCGCUGGUGAAGCGGAACAGCUCCUAUGCCUUCACCCUGGAUGAGCUGGCGGGCAAGCGCUCCUGCCACUCGGCCUUUGGCAGCCCUGCUGGCUGGGACAUCCCCGUGGGCGCCCUUGUGCAGAAGGGCUUCAUCCAGCCCAAGGACUGCGAUGUCCUCACAGCGGUGAGUGAGUUCUUCAGCGCCAGCUGUGUGCCCAUGAACAACCUCAAGCACUACCCAUCCUCACUGUGUGCGCUGUGCGUGGGGGACGAGCAAGGCCGCAACAAGUGCGUGGGCAACAGCCAGGAGAGAUACUUCGGCUACAGCGGUGCCUUCAGGUGCCUGGUUGAGAAUGCAGGGGACGUCGCCUUUGUCAAGCACACGACCGUUUUUGACAACACGAAUGGUCACAAUUCUGAGCCCUGGGCUGCUGAGCUCAAGUCGGAGGACUAUGAGCUACUGUGUCCCAAUGGGGCCCGGGCCGAGGUAUCUCAGUUCGCAGCCUGCAACCUGGCACAGAUACCAUCUCAUGCUGUCAUGGUCCGGCCAGACACCAACAUCUUCACUGUGUAUGGACUGCUGGACAAGGCCCAGGACCUGUUUGGAGAUGACCACAAUAAGAACGGGUUUAAAAUGUUCGACUCCUCCGACUAUCAUGGCCAAGACCUGCUUUUCAAGGAUGCCACGAUCCGGACAGUGCCUGUGGGAGACAAAACCACGUACCGCGACUGGCUGGGCCUCGAUUACAUGGCGGCUCUGGAAGGCAUGCUGUCUCAGGAGUGCUCAGGUGCAGCGGCCACGGCCUCCAGGGCCUCCCUGCUCCUGCUCCCGCUAGCCCUCACGGUCUGCCUCCUCCAGCCCGCCCUCUGAAGCAGCUCUCAGCAAGCCUCACCCUCUCUUGGAAUGGACACCUCCUCAGAAAUCUCUAUAAAUAAGGCUGUUCUCCUCAGUAAAUCCAGCUAACGCUGCCCAGAGAGAAACGUGUGAUGGGAGAGGAAAUGUGAGAAACCAUGGAGCUCUUAAGAGCUGUGAUUUCAACACUGAAGUUUCUGUGAUUGCUUCAAAGUGGUAUAAAGAAGAAUGUUAAAGAAAAGUCCUCCAACUUCAAGUUGGACGUGAGCAGGUCUCUCCUGCUGGAGCCCAGCCUCUGCCUCCCAGGCACCACCUGUCGUCCUGCUACCUGAGGCGUGCUGGCCGGCCUCCCAGUCACGGCCCACCCACAGGCUGCUACUGCUUCUCUGCAAAUCUGCAGGCUCCCACCACAUGGGGCCUCACCAGGCUUAGUUUUGGAAAAGGCCAGUUACCAAGGAAACAGGCUGAGCCCGGGCUUCCCACAUGGCCUUCUCUGCUGGAGCGACUCAAGGGAGCCUGGUGAGAUGCCGGGCCUACCGGACCCUCCCCUGUUAGUUCCCACUUCCCCCUCUGGAGAAUGGACACUGCACCUCCCAUCAGCCCCUGCUCCAUCUGUCCUCUAGGCUCUCUGUUCCAGCGUCCCUCCUGAGGACACUGUGUCUGUCUGUCCACUGAGACAUCCACCAGAUGAGGCUACAGCCAGGCCCUCUAAGGAGGAGUAGCUGCUGAGCACAGGCAGCCCCUUGUCCUUGUCUUCUGUGGCUUGGUUUGGCCCGGGCCAUUGGACUCCCGAUUGUGCUGGGCUGGCGAGGACAGGGAAUCCAGGGCUGAAACCCUUAAGGGAUCCUCGGACAGAGGAAAUGCUUCUUAGUAAGAAUUGUUACUAGGUGUGGGGCUUAAUGCAGUGUUGGGGGUCUAAAAUCCUGUCUGUUGUAAGGAGGGCAGGCCUCUGAACUGGACAAGCUGUGUGCCCUGACUUUCAGUGAAUUCGGCUGCACCAGGCUCUGUCCUGGGGUUAAGCCCAGUCGGCAGGAGUCCUCACCCCUGCAUUUCCUCCUCUUAGCUCCAUCUCAGAUUAUCACCCUUCUCCUGCCCCCAGUGUGACACCCACCACUCCACAGCCACUCCUGUAUAUCCAGCCGCAGCAGUUGCCUGCAGACCAAGGGCUCAGUCUCUAGGACUGCCCAGGGAGCUCUAGGACUUAGAGCAGGAGGUGGCCCAGACCUCUGGGGCAGCAUGAGACCCUCCGAAGAGCCAGGAAUGGGCAAAUUCCAUUUGCUUUGUCAGAGGAGCCACAGACCCAUGUUAGGUACUGAUGGAAGCUCCUAAUAGUGUGAGAAGGGGGUCUCUUCACCCAGCCCUAUACCAAGUGGGCCCAAGGGCCACUCACUCUAAAAGAAGGUCCCUCCUUCCUGUCCCCUAUGAGAGUCAGCAGAAAGUGCCUGGAGAGGACCCUCUCUCUAGUCCAUUACUGCCACCCUUGUCUCAGGAGCCAGAAGUUUCCAGAACUGCCAGCUCUUACUCUGAAUUUUGCUCCCAGAAAAAAAGUAAAAAGAGAGAGAAGUAACAUGAGCAAGCCACUCUCGUCAGCAGACUGGGAGCUGCGUGGGCCUAGAGCUAUUUGCAUCCCAGUCUGCGGGGGCCUCAGGGACACUGAUGACAAGCUGGGUUCCCAGUGCUGCGCCCCCUCCUGUGGGCGUUCGGACGGAUCCUUUCCAUCUCUCAGCAGCAAAGAAGGCCCCUGGCAGCAUCCUGGCCAUCAUCACACCAUCCUGAGGGGUCCUGGUCACCAUACUAGGGCAAGCCUGCACCCUACUGUGAGGGGUCAGAAAAAGCCCUGCCUCUGCUAGCCUCUGCACUGCGGAGAGCAAAUGUUUCUUUUCUGAUCUGAUGAUCGUUUGAUGUUUUUUUUUAAGGGAGAUUUGUACAGUGAGAAGCAUAUUUCUGUGUGGCUACUGCGAGCCAGUGUUCCGCCCAGGUGUGUGACACCUGUACUGUGAGCCACCGAAGGGGUGACCUGUGUGAGUGCUGUGUGACGUUUGAUUGGCAAGUGACAGCAGGGGGCCACCGCUGUGUUAGUGCUCA